GCAAUGCACAUCACACCACAUCACACCACGCCACGCCACGCCAAAUAGAUCGUUGAUAUAUCUAUCUACCUACUUAUUUGAUUAUAUUUUACCUUGCCUCUGUAAAUCUGACCUACCUAUCGUACCUCCCUCCAUGUGAUAUAUUAUAUUAUAUUGUAUUAUAUCAUAUCAUAUCAUAUUGUAUCAUAUAAUAUCUACCUCGGUACCCAGAUUCCAGAUUACAAUAUAUAGGUUAUAGAUUCCAAGUAAUCUAUUUCAAUCACCCACGCACCCACCUGCCAGCCAGCCAGCCAGCCAGCCAAUAAUGACUUCUUCAUCCCCGAGUCUCCUGCUACGGAGAGAGGUAAUUGGGAUUUACAAAGAACUUCUCAAUCUCGGCCGCUCUUACCCCCUCGGCUACACCUAUUUCCGCACGCGUCUCCAUCGCGCCUUUAUGAGUAAUGCUCAUGUGCAGAGUGUGGAGGAGAUACGGAGGGGGGUUGAACGGGCGGAGUUUGUAAGGAAGGAAAUUGAAGCUCUGUACUAUCUUAAAAGGUAUCGAGCGCUGCGCCAAAGAUAUAAAGAAGGAUGAUCAUAUCCAAUGAUGAAUAGCAUACGCCGGUACA